ACUGUAUGAGAACAAGGGGGAGGCCGACUUCGUGGAGUCCUUGCUGCAGCUCUUCCGCUCCAUCAACGGCAUGAUGAGCAGCAUGUCUGACCAGACGGUCCGCGUGAAGGGGUCAGCGCUGAAAUACUUGCCCACGAUUGUCAACGAUGUGAAGUUGGUGUUUGAUCCCAAGGAACUCAGCAAAAUGUUUACUGAUUUCAUCCUUAAUGUCCCCACGGGUUUGCUGACCAUUCAGAAGCUCUAUUGCUUGAUCGAAAUCGUUCACAGUGACCUCUUCACACAGCAUGACUGCAGAGAGAUCCUGCUUCCCAUGAUGACUGACCAGCUCAAGUACCAUCUGGAGAGACAGGAGGACCUGGAGGCCUGCUGCCAGCUGCUCAGCAAUGUCCUGGAGGUUCUGUACAGGAAGGAUGUGGGGCCGACUCAGAGGCAUGUCCAGAUAAUCAUGGAGAAACUUCUGAGGACAGUGAACCGGACUGUCAUUUCCAUGGGGCGUGAUUCUGAACUCAUUGGGAACUUCGUUGCUUGCAUGACAGCUAUUUUACGGCAGAUGGAAGAUUACCAUUAUGCUCACUUGCUCAAGACUUUUGGAAAAAUGAGGACUGAUGUCGUGGACUUUCUGAUGGAAACAUUCAUCAUGUUUAAGAACCUCAUUGGGAAGAAUGUCUACCCUUUUGACUGGGUGAUAAUGAAUAUGAUGCAGAACAAAGUCUUCCUGCGAGCGAUUAAUCAGUAUGCAGAUAUGCUGAACAAGAAGUUUCUGGAUCAAGCGAACUUUGAGCUGCAGUUGUGGAACAACUACUUUCACCUGGCUGUCGCUUUCCUCACUCAAGAGUCCUUGCAACUGGAGAAUUUUUCAAGCGCUAAGAGAGCCAAAAUCCUUAACAAGUAUGGAGAUAUGAGGAGACAGAUUGGCUUUGAAAUCAGAGACAUGUGGUACAACCUUGGUCAACACAAGAUAAAGUUCAUUCCAGAAAUGGUGGGCCCAAUAUUAGAAAUGACACUAAUUCCUGAGACAGAAUUACGCAAAGCCACCAUCCCCAUCUUCUUCGAUAUGAUGCAGUGUGAAUUCCAUUCAACCCGAAGCUUCCAAAUGUUUGAAAAUGAAAUCAUCACCAAGCUGGAUCAUGAAGUGGAAGGAGGCAGAGGAGAUGAGCAGUACAAAGUGUUAUUUGAUAAAAUCCUCCUGGAGCACUGCAGGAAGCAUAAAUACCUUGCCAAGACUGGAGAAACUUUUGUGAAGCUCGUUGUGCGCCUGAUGGAAAGACUGCUGGACUACAGAACCAUCAUGCAUGACGAGAACAAAGAGAAUCGCAUGAGUUGUACCGUCAACGUGCUGAAUUUCUACAAAGAAAUUGAAAGAGAAGAAAUGUAUAUAAGGUACUUGUACAAGCUCUGUGACUUGCACAAGGAGUGUGAUAACUACACUGAAGCAGCAUAUACUUUGCUUCUCCAUGCAAAGCUUCUGAAGUGGUCAGAGGAUGUGUGUGCAGCCCACCUCACUCAGCGGGACGGGUACCAGGCGACAACACAGGGACAGCUGAAAGAGCAGCUCUACCAAGAAAUCAUCCACUACUUUGAUAAAGGCAAGAUGUGGGAGGAGGCCAUCGUCUUGGGCAAGGAGCUUGCAGAACAGUAUGAAACCGAAAUGUUUGAUUAUGAACAGCUCAGUGAACUGCUGAAAAAACAGGCUCAAUUCUAUGAAAACAUCGUCAAAGUGAUAAGACCCAAGCCUGACUAUUUUGCUGUUGGCUACUACGGACAAGGAUUCCCCACAUUCCUUCGGGGAAAAGUUUUCAUUUACCGGGGAAAAGAGUAUGAACGCCGGGAGGACUUUGAAGCUCGGCUGUUAACUCAGUUUCCAAAUGCUGAGAAAAUGAAUACAACAUCUCCACCAGGCGACGAUAUUAAAAACUCUCCUGGCCAGUAUAUCCAGUGCUUCACAGUCAAGCCCAAGCUUGAUUUGCCCCCUAAAUUUCACCGGCCAGUGUCUGAGCAGAUUGUAAGUUUUUACAGGGUGAACGAGGUUCAGCGAUUUGAAUAUUCUCGGCCAAUCCGGAAAGGAGAGAAAAACCCAGAUAAUGAAUUUGCGAAUAUGUGGAUUGAGAGAACCAUAUACACUACAGCAUAUAAACUGCCGGGAAUUUUAAGGUGGUUUGAGGUCAAAUCUGUUUUCAUGGUGGAGAUCAGCCCCCUGGAGAAUGCCAUCGAAACCAUGCAGCUGACCAAUGACAAGAUCAGCAGCAUGGUACAACAGCACCUGGAUGACCCAGGCCUGCCCAUCAACCCAUUGUCCAUGCUCCUGAAUGGCAUCGUGGACCCUGCUGUCAUGGGUGGCUUUGUGAACUAUGAGAAGGCCUUCUUUACAGAUCGAUACCUGCAGGAGCACCCUGAGGCCCACGGACAGAUCGAGAAGCUCAAAGACCUCAUAGCCUGGCAGAUUCCAUUUUUGGCCGAAGGGAUCAGGAUUCAUGGAGACAAAGUCACAGAGGCACUGAGGCCCUUUCAUGAGAGAAUGGAAGCCUGUUUCAAGCAGCUGAAGGAAAAAGUGGAAAAGCAGUAUGGUGUCCGAACCAUGCCCUCAAAUCUGGACGACAGAAGAGGUAGCCGCCCCCGCUCCAUGGUGCGGUCCUUCACCAUGCCAUCAUCGUCCCGGCCUCUGUCUGUGGCUUCUGUCUCUUCCCUCUCAUCCGACAGCACCCCUUCCAGGCCAGGCUCCGAUGGGUUUGCUUUGGAACCCCUACUGCCAAAGAAAAUGCACUCCAGGUCCCAGGACAAGCUGGACAAGGACGAUCCAGAGAAGGAGAAGAAAGACAAAAAGAAGGAGAAAAGGAACAGCAAGCACCAGGAGAUAUUUGAUAAAGAAUUGAAGCCGGCCGACAGCUCCCUGCAGCAGUCUGAGGCUGUGAUCCUCUCAGAAACGAUAAGUCCGCUGCGGCCCCAGAGACCGAAGAGCCAGGUGAUCAGCGUCAUCGGAAGCGAAAGGCGUUUCUCAGUGUCCCCGACAUCACCAACUCAGCAGACACCCCCUCCAGUCACACCAAGGGCCAAGCUCAGCUUCAGCGUACAGUCCAGUCUGGAACUGAAUGGCAUGACCGGGAUGGACGUGACUGAUGUCCCUCCCCCUCUGCCUCUCAAAGGCAGCAUGGCAGAUUAUGGGAACCUGAUGGAAAACCAGGAUUUGAUGGGCUCGCCAACACCUCUACCCCCUCCUCCACACCAGAGACAUCUGCCACCUCCACUGCCCAGCAAAACUCCACCUCCUCCCCCUCCAAAGACGACCCGCAAACAGACGUCGGUGGACUCCGGGAUCGUGCAGUGAAUGCAGAGAGCCUGCCUCAGAGGAGCGAGCUGUCCUCCUAACUCCCUCGGCUUUCGUGUCUGGUGCUUACCUCAUUGGGCCUGUGAUGUCUGACCUGUAGUGCAAUGGUUUUGCCUUAAAAGGAGUUGUUUCUACCCAUGAAAGUGAGUGGCCCUUGAUCACUAUCAUGGAGCCUGGUGGGCAUGGGGCCAGGACGUACCUUGUGCUUAUCAAAGUUGGGGGCCCCCGAGCGUUCGGUCUUUGAGAGCCUGCCUCAGUCUUGCCCUAACAACCUUUCUUUUUGUGCCAAAUGACGUGUGUUAAAAAGAGCUCAGCUGAUCUGAGUCAGCCAAGUGGGAGAGGUGAGGACGUCACCCGUGAGAACCCCCGUGUUCUCACUGCUGCCCACCCUCGCUCACUCUCUCGAGAUGUUUGGCCCACCCCCUGCUUGCUGCAUCCGUGGUGUGACUCUGCGUCGGUUGGGUCUAUCUGCAGCCUAUGUCAGGCAACUUAGUUCCACUUUCAGGGAACUUCCUGCUUUAUCUUGGUAUCAUUUAAAAUAGGGUAUUUCUCAGCUACUGAACAGUUACUAAUUUAUGGAGUGAGAACAGCAUUAAACAUACUGGAUCAAAUGGAAAAAUAAAUAUGAGUUUAGGAAGGUAAGUUUCAUUCUUUUUUGAAAAGAGACUAUGUGUACCACAAGAGAUGGUUCUAAUUGGGUGAAUUCUUUGUGUUCUCAUGCUGUACAGAAGUUUGUAUAUAUUACGGUUCUUAGAACUUGUUUUAAUUUUUGUGGUCCUUCUGUUUAUUGUAAUAGGCAUCCACAAAUGGAUUCUUAAUAUGUGUUCUUAAUUUUUAACUGAUGGAAAUGUAAAAAGCAAACAAAUAGACAACAAAAAACGCCCACAAGUUAAAUCUGUUUUUCAGAGCUCUAAGGGCUGGAAAUGUUGGUGGGCAAUGAUUUAAAAACAAAACUAACUUUGUAUAACCUAAUAUUUUUAUUCUACCACCUAUAUUUUUUAUUCACCUGAUUGAUACUCUUCCUAGUAAGCCUCAAAGUUAAUCAUUGACAAUGAAAAAUAAAAUGUUAUUUAAAAA